UUAAUGAAGGAGACAAAGUACUCUGUGGAGCUGCCGCAACUACGCAAACAUCCACCUCUUCCUGCCGUGCCUGUCAUCACCAGCUUCGAGGAGAGCAAACCGCUGGAAGCCCCAGUCCCUGCGCCUGCGGAAAAUACUUUUAAGCUGAAUGCCAAUGCCCAAACGUGGGUGCCCUACGAGCAGGGAGCGCCAUCAUACUGGUCCCAGACAGUAUCCUCGGAAGACACAGGCGACGCGACGGUUCCGGAAAUUCCAGAAGCUUUGGCUGCCCCAGCUUUAGAAAAGAGCGAAGUGUCUAUUAUUGAUCUCCUCCGCGAAGAAAGCAAACUAAAAGAGGAACCGUCAAAAGCGGAACAUUAUGAGGCAAAGCUCUUUCAAAGGCACUGCCUUGACUGUCACAAUGAGCCGAAAGGGUUUGCACUCCUGCGCCAGAUGUAUCCCAAUAAACAGCUGACUGGUCUCUGGGAUUUGUUUGUAAAGUGCAAGGCCGACGUAGAUUGGGCCGUUGAUAUUCUGUUAAAGGAGGACGAGCUAUAUGCGGUCACUGGUUCGGAACAGAUCGGAUUUGAGGAAACUGUUGAUAGCGAGGAGGCGGCGCAGUUUCAAUGCGACUGCGACAAGGCGGCCGAGGGCCAGGAAUCACCAAUUUCCACUUCCAACUGCACCUCACCAACUUUGCCGCUAUCGAAGACUGCAUCCAAGCCGCAACGUCAACCGCGCAUUAAACGAGCAUCGGCCCCCACCAAUAAAGAGUUGCAAAUACAAAUUCAAAAUUGCUUUGUAUUAGGCGACGAACAAUACUCGGAGCACACGCGCAAAAUCCGCGACAUCCGUAAUGGAAUUCUGGAUCAACCUAUAGUGCCUAAAGUACCGGAAGCAUCAGAGGAACCAGAGCUAGAACAGCAGGAGGAGGAGGACCCUGAAGAAAAUACUCUUCUGGAAAUAGAUUUGGGCAGCGCUCUAAUUGAGCAGCUACGCGCUCAGUUUUACACGGAGGACGAAAUGUUGCCCCCGGAACAGGAGCUACCUGCCGCAACAAAAAUAUUCGUGCCACGUCAGCUAGCCAAGCAGCUUUACAUGUUGUGGAUGGAAGCCGUGUUUAACCAGCUAGAGGAGAUGCGCCAGCAGACAAUGCGCGAUGACGAGCAGUUCGCCCGCCUGCUCAAGCAUCCAGGCUACGCCGAUUGCAGAGAGUCUCCGAGCAAUGUGGCUGAGCUUCUGGAUAUGGAGUUGGCCUGGAGCAUAUACAAUAGCGAGCAGCAGGCCGCCAAAAAGGCAGCCGAGUUGGCCGCUCGCAAACAAACGCCCAACGAUAUAGCUACCCACCUAACUAAAAUGAAGCUGUGCGAGACCUUUCCCGAUAUCCCCCCUGACACUGUGCUUGAGAUCUUUGCGGCAACCGGCAGCAAUUACGUUCAAACAGUGGAGGUCUUGGACAGCAAUGUUCAGAGUAUGCUGAGCGAAGCAGAACUUUAUGAUAAGGCCCUUCGCGAGGGCGAGAAGCUCAGUGCGCAAGUGGCGCUGGAAGAGCGAAAGCAGAAGCAACAAAAGCAACAGAAUUCCUCCAGCCAAGGUCCCCGCAUCAGUUCUAGUUCGACCGCCCCUGGCCGGUCGCCCCAACUGCAUGAGGAUGCCAAGUGCGCUGCUCUUCGCGACUUUGAGGAGACGCGAAACAUGGCCGCCCAUCACUCCCAACUUAAAGCAGAGUGCUAUCUAAAGGCUAAACAGGCGGUUCAGCGCGGCAAUGGUAGCGUGGCGUUAUACUACUCGGAGAUAGCCAAGUUACACAAGCAGAAGAUCGACGUAUUCAACCAUCGGGCGGCCAACUGCAUAAUGGAGGUACAUCGGCACACCCAGAACAACCCGGACCUGCUAGACCUGCAUUACCUACACACGGUAGAGGCGAUCAGCUGUCUGGACUUGUUUCUUGACCGCCACAUAACUGUGCUGCGCAACACUACCCGCGUGUACAAGCAUGUAUUUAUUAUCACGGGCCGUGGUCUUCACAGCGCAAACGGAGUGUCCACUAUUAAGAACAGGGUGAAGGCCAGGCUGAGCGAACGCCGUUUGCGUUGGCAAGAGGUCAAUCCAGGAUUGCUGCGCGUCAAGGUAUUUUCAGCAUCGCGUCAUUCAAAGAACUUCUGAUUCGAGGCGAAUUGCACAACAGGACUUGCGGAGCAAAAUAAGUUUUACACUGCCAUAAAUGUAGAAACAAAGGCAACUUACAGAGAACCGGGAUAAUAUAAUUUUAACUUAUCCGUUAUUUAACUUUUGUAUCACUGCUUACAAAAUUGUAAAGUUAAGUAAUCAUUUUUCCCCGCUCCUAACCGCUGUAUUAUUUUCGAAUGUGCUCAAGAACCUUUAAGACAUUCCCGAUUUUGUUACUCUAUAUUACAUAAAACUCUCGUCCCAGUACUUCGUUUUAAGUAUGAAUAAUGCUUCCAGCCUAGUGUUCGUGUUAGGCGCGAACUCGCAAUCCGACUCAGCAAAGUAGUGAUUUAUUAUCUAACAACAGCAUCACAAAAUUUCUUAUUUUUAUACUAGUUUACUCAAACUACCGCUUAGGUAUAAUAAGAUUAGUGUAAAAACCGUAGUCCUAAAGUAGGCGAGGUCCAAUAAUUACCAUUACAUUUCAGAUUGGUAAGCAACUAUAAUCCUUAAUCUUAAAAUAAAGGGACACUUAAGGAAGAUAUUGUUUAGACGGCAAAUUGACAUUCGUCGAAACACUCAAGAUAAUAAAUCGUACACUUAAA